AUCUCUCUCAACCAUGUGUGUGUGACGCAUCGGACGGAACUUACAAUGCGCAGACAGGGCUUUACCGUUGCCUUGCUGCUGCUGCUGCUGCUGCUGCUGCCGCUGCCUUGCCUUGUCUUGUUUGUUGAUGAGGUGAUACCGCAGACCCGUUUCAACAUGCGUAUGCCGUGUCUUGCUUAUAAUGCAAGAAAGAGCCGAUGUCGCGGCUUCGUCAAGCUUGCUGUGUCCUCCGGGCAAUGCCGCAAGUAGGUGGUCUGCCGGCCCCGGCUUGCCCCUCCCCCAAUUAUCGUCCUGUUAUGUCGUCUGCGACGUUGCUGACGUUGUUGGGGACCGUCAAAGACGCUGGCUCUCUUGCCAACUCUCUGCAUACCCGAUCAAGCCCGGCCCCCGAUUGGUGUUUGGGGUACACAAUGUUCCCACUGUUUCUCCCCGCUCUGCUCAAGCAAUCAGGCCCAGGGCGGCUGGCGAGUGACGAUGGGCUCCGCCUUGAGGCUCUAGGACUCUUUCCCCCGCCAGCCAGCCUCGAGUUUCCCGGAAUCCUCUCUCUCACUGGACUUCUGCAAAAACCAUGGCUGGCACGACGGUUGGGAACUUGGCAAGCUCGUGUAGGUAGCCUCCCGCCACCCAUGUUUCGUUCUUUGCUUCCUCUCUUCCCUUUCCGCCCCGUGAUCAUCAACCACGCAUUGUGGAAACACCUGGGUUCGUCGCCGACUAGGCAAACUCUACUCAACGUUUGGCAUCCUGUCUCACUACGGAAUCCCACCUCGUCCGUUCGUCAAACCAACAACAACGCAUCUCACCAGUGUUGGAGCGGAGCCAGCCCGGCGCUUUUACUUGGUUGUGGGCGACCCCCGCCUGGCGGCUCUCUAGCGCAGGCUAGAUGUGGGCGGGCAUGGCCAAGGUGGAUUCCUUCGAGAAGGGACAUGUACAUGUAGAAGAAGGAUGAUUCCAAUGACAACAUGCGUCCCGCCAUCUGCAUCUGGCCUUGCACAACGUAGGCUCUCAGGCCCCUCCCCUCUUGUUCUUAUUCCGCCGUGUACGCUUCGGAACGUCUGGCAGAGAAAGGCUUGGCCAGUCCUAGCAGCCCCAGUUGUGAGGCCUGAGAGACGGAACUCGCAAUCACUUCGACUCAACUCUGGGCAUCGUCGUUCCGAAAGUUUGAAGUCACCAAGGAUCCACGACCAAGACCCUUAGCAAAUGUUCGUAGCGA